AUAGAGCCCCGACGAGAGAGGAAAGCUUCUUAUUCUCCUGUUACUGCUCUUCCCAUGUCGUCUCACUCUGGCGGGGAGAAGGAAAAGGAGGCGGAGCAGGACAAUGCUCCUUCUACCGCUGCAGGAGAGGCUGUUGCUGCACCGAUGGCCUGUCCGUGGAAUCUGAGGAAACGAAAAGCUGCGUGUCAAGCUCCAUUGGAGAACGGAAGGAACAAGUACCAUUGCUCAUCACCUUCUAAUCCGCCGUUGGGUAAAUCCGUUAUGCGAAGAUCGGCGGUCGGCGAAAAUGGCCGGCGGAAGAAGUUUUCUAUUUCGUUAUCUCGAGCGGAGAUCGAGGAGGACUUUUUGAUGUUCAAGGGGACGAAGCCCAGUCGAAGACCUAAAAAGAGACCCAAGGCCAUCCAGAGGCAACUCGAUGACUUAUUUCCUGGCGUAUGGCUGUCGGAGAUUAAUGCAAACAUGUAUAAAGUAGAUAAAUGAGUUGAUUCUUCAUUUUUCUUUUUCAUAGUUCUACGAGAAAAUUUGAAUCAACAAGAAUAGGAAAUAAUCCUCUAUCCAGAAGAUGCAAGAGGGGGUAUGACAUUCUGCAUUGUUAGAGUGGAGGCUCUUAAGAAUUCUAAGAUUCUGAUUUUCCAUAGUUAUUGUUAUUUCGUAGCUUCAGUUAGAAUCGCACUUCAGUUUAUGAAUAA